ACUGGUGGCUGGGAAAUAGAAAAUAUAUAAAUUUAUGUUAUUAGAGUUUAGUACUUCUGUCGAUCAAUGUGUUACGACCGUUCGCGGAGAGACGCAGUCGCAGUAGCGAGAGGCGUAAAUUCUCGCUACGAUUCGGUGAAUCGACGCCGCGAAGUAGUCGUUCCCCUGUUUCGGUUAAGAUAAGAGGUGGUUAAAUGAAUAUGACACAGUAUAGUAAGUUAUAUUUCACCGUUUAUUCCAACAACUUAUAACGAAGGCAGUUACGCUGAUGCGUAUGUACGAGAUGAAUAAGUGACUGAUCUGUGGGUGUGUCCUACCCGGUGGAAGGAUAUUGACCGUUCGAAGGAUGUAAAAUCAGAACUGUCUUGGGAGACGAUGCUGUCUCGGAGGAAAGCUAAGGAUGGGUGUGUCUAGCGCACGGGACCAUCGGAUUUGUUGGUGACGAUUUUAGUUAGGAUUUUAGUUCAAGCUGAGUUGACCGUGAUUCAGUUCACGAAUAUCGGAGAGGAAAAGUCGUAAUUCACAAUAUUACACACAAUAAUACCUUCACAUAAAGGAACACAGCUCAGAUGAGACUUUUUAUAGUUAAACUUUUAACGUACUCAUAGACACGAAAUUUUUUUUUUAAAUAGAACUGUUACAUUUUACGACACGUAUAACAUCGAACAUUUACCAACAUAGCGAUGCCAGCGUACAUAUAUAUAUACUGGUGUACUGGUCAUCUUUUUUCCACACGUUUUUAGCUUUUUAGCUGAUUGUGAAUGGGCGCCUAAUCAGCCAAUCAGAAAUGGCCGGUAUUGUAUGAAUCCUUUUCUUCAAUGCUUGAAGAGCUGGAUAUUUAUCCAAAACUGGUGCCCCAAACAUAUAUUCGAAAUUUUCAAGGGUCUCUGCAAAUACGAAGUCCGCCCAUGUCGUCUGAAAAAAGGAUUCUCCUCCAUGCGAUAGUAGCAGAUAUCUGAAACGUAUAUGAAACCCCAACCGUUACGUUCAUUUGUGUUUUUUCCCCCAAACGAAGAGAAAAUAAGUUGUGAAAGAAGGAGUAGCCUCUCAUAGUUCCUACAAUUUCUUCAUUCUCUUUGCUUUCUUCAAUAUUGCCUCAACAAGUUCCUGUGGUUCACGAUACUUGAAAUAUAUACAAUGUUACCAGCGUGGAAAUUGUCUUGGAAACUUGGAAAAUCUUUCAAGAGGAACAACAUUGCUAACUGAGAUUCGAGAAAGGAAAGUUGACAGAGCAAGGAAAAUGAGCGACGAACCUACCUACAAACUAAUCUACUUCAAUGCCCGUGGUAGUGCCGAACAUAUACGGUACAUAUUUGCAUAUAUUGGCAUCGAGUAUACCGACGAGAGGAUCCCCCUACAACUCUGGCCUGAAUACAAGGAUUCAAUGCCUUAUAAAAAGCUGCCUGUGCUGGAGGUAGACGGGAAACCGGUAGCGCAGGCUGACGCUGUGGCGCGAUACUUGGCGAGGAAGUACGAUCUAAUGGGAAGGAACGAAAGGGAUGCGUUGAUAUGCGACGUGCUCGUCGAUACUCUUGAAGAUUUGGAGCAAGACGACAUGGGCGGACUUCGUGUUUGCAGCGGCCCUUGAAAAUUUCGAGUAUAUGUUUGGGGCAUCAGCUUUGGAUAAAUAUCCAGCUCUUCGAGCAUUGAAGAGAAGGAUUCAUAGAAUACCGGCUAUUUCUGAUUGGCUGAUUAGGCGCCCAUACACAAACAGCUAAAAAGCUAAAAACGUGUGGAAAAAAGAUGACCAGUACACCACUACAUAUAUGUAGUAUCGUGGACGAAAGGUCUAAGAAAUAUCGGGCGAACUAUGAACAAUGUCGCGAGAGCCGAGGCGCCGUCGAGCCCAUCAAUGUGUCAUCGGUCUUUUCAAGUGCAUAGUUUCGUGGAAAAGACCUACGUGACCCUGGCUACGAGCGUCUGCAGAACACGUGUGCGGUGGGCCUAGGAAAAAGGCAAUAGAAUGCGACAGCGGCCAGAGUGUGAGUCGAGAAACAGAGUGUGAGUCGAGGAGCCGAGUGCGAGUUGAGCGAAGACAGAGUUUGCGAGUGGCGUUGCCGAGAGAGUGUUGAUUGCGUUUUGGUAAAAGUCGAGUCGCUAUCUAGUUAUUUAGUUGCGCUGUUUUCUGUACGUUUGGCGUGAAUAGUUCAGGUUGAACAACAAUCGUCAUUUUCUGUCUGAUUAACAUCUCUAUUGUCCACUCCUUGUAAAUACAUUAUAUCACGAUAUUACAUAUUUUUGGGGGCUAGUCCGGGAUUGGACAAGACAGAAAACGAAACGGUUUAACAGAGCUAUUCGAGCUAGUUGUGAAUUUACCGGUACGCGGUGCGGUAAAAGACGAUAUCGUUGACUGUUUAAGUUUGUGUAGUGUGAAAAAUGGCAAACGUUGGGGACGAACGAUUGUCGGGUGAAGAGGGUUCGACGCUGGAGGAGCUGAGGAGUAAGCUCGCGCGAAUGAACCUCCCUAUAUCGGGUGCGAGGUCAGUGCUGAUUGCAAGGCUGAAUCGGGCGUGUAGGGCUGGACAAUCGUAUCCUAAGGGAUCGACGGGCGGUGAAGAGCUAAUCGGUCAACGAGAUUUAGGAAACGUACAGAGAGCUGAGCGUGAUUGUAACGAAGAUGAAGAUGUUGAGAAAAUGAAUACGAAGGAGUUGAAGGAGCGCCUCGCUAGUUUGGGUUUGAAAACGACGGGAAGAAAAGUAGAAUUACGCGCACGGCUACAAGCGGCCAUGGAUGGUAACGACAUAUCGUCGGAAGAAGAAAGCGACGACGAAAGUGAGGAUGAAGAUGACAAGAAAAACGCAAGAGGAUACAAGAGAGAUACGCGAAGGGUGUAUCAGGACCGUGAUGAAUAUUGUCGAAGGGCAUGUGUUGGUUCGACAUUGAGUUUUAGAGACGUCGAAGAUGCAUUAGAGUCGUUUAGUGGCGACAAAGGUGAAAAUGUCGAACGAUGGUUCGAGUCGUUCGAGGAAGUCGCUGAUACGUGCAUGUGGUCGGAUGGGCAGAAGGCAGUCUACGCCAGGAAGCUGCUGAAGGGAUCAGCGAAAAUAUUUGCGAGCUUCGAGUGUCAUGCCAGGACUUGGCAUGAGUUGAAGAGGGGGCUAGUGAAAGAAUUUUCGAGGAAAGUCAACAGUAGGCAAGUACAUCAGAAACUUGAAGAAACAAAAAAGGAGAGUGAUGAAGCAUGUUUGGCUUACAUGUACCGCAUGCUCGAAAUAGCCAGCCAUGUGGACAAAGAGGAGGAAGCAAAGGUGGAAUACAUAGUGGAUGGAAUAAUAGACGACGAGAACAAUAAGGCUAUAUUGUACGGCGCUACGUCAAUCAAAGAGUUGAGGAAGAGGUUAGUGAUGUACGAAGAGCAGAAGAGUCGCAGAGCAAAGUCGAUUGUGAAGCCGGCUAAAACCCAGAAGAACGGGAAGCCCAGUCAAUCUGUAGAUGCAAUGAAGAAAAGAAGAUGCUUCAUUUGCGGUAGUGAGGAUCAUCUAAGUGUUAAGUGUCCGGAGAGGGGAGAAGGUGUUAGGUGUUCCGAGUGCAGCGGAUUUGGACAUAUUGCAGCGAGGUGUACGGCACGACCGAAAGAGAUUUGCGUAGUGUCAAGAUCCGAAAAGGGGAAGUAUGUGAAGGAAGUAAUCGCAGGAAUUAAGCUUCUAUUCUCUGAAAUUACUCUCAAAUCUCAGAGUCAACCCUUCAAAUUCUCCACACUGGAUCUUCGAUUCUUAAUAUUUGUAAUAUCGUAGAAUAGCUUUGAUUGGAGAUCGGCUGAAAUUAGAAAACACC